CCUGCGCGUUCAGCGUGCCAGAGUUCUCUCGGCCUUGAAACGAUCUUCAGAAGGGUGGCGGUAACUUGUAACAGCGAGCAGAGCACAAAGCCUCGAAACAUCACGCUCUGAGAGUAUAAUUAUAUAGCAAAACAGAAGGGUUAGGGUUCCAGAGAGAGUGGGAGAGACAUUAGGGUUUCAGGGAGAGAGAGAGAAGAUGAGCAUAUGGAACUACGUAGUCACGGCUCACAAGCCGACCAACGUCACACAUUCCAGCGUCGGCAAUUUCACCGGACCUCAGGAGCUCAAUCUCAUCCUCGCGAAAUACACCCGUAUCGAGAUCCACUUGCUUACUCCCCAGGGUUUGCAGCCUAUGUUAGAUGUGCCGAUAUAUGGAAGAAUUGCAACACUUGAACUUUUUCGACCCCAUGGUGAAGCACAAGAUCUUCUGUUUAUUGCAACAGAAAGAUAUAAAUUCUGUGUUCUUCAGUGGGAUUCCGAGGCAGCUGAAGUUAUAACAAGGGCAAUGGGAGAUGUUUCUGAUCGUAUAGGUCGUCCUACAGAUAAUAGCCAGAUAGGCAUUAUUGAUCCUGAUUGCAGAUUGAUUGGACUGCAUUUGUAUGAUGGAUUGUUUAAGGUCAUUCCAUUUGAUAGCAAAGGGCAGCUUAAGGAAGCCUUUAACAUUAGACUUGAGGAGCUUCAAGUUUUGGAUAUCAAAUUUCUCUUUGGUUGCCCACGACCUACCAUCGUUGUUCUCUAUCAGGAUAACAAGGAUGCUCGUCAUGUCAAAACAUAUGAGGUUUCUCUGAAGGAUAAAGAUUUUAUUGAGGGUCCAUGGACUCAGAAUAAUCUUGACAACGGAGCUGAUUUGCUAAUUCCGGUGCCCCCGCCCUUAUGUGGUGUGCUUAUCAUUGGAGAAGAGACAAUUGUAUAUUGCAGUGCCUCUGCUUUUAAAGCAAUCCCUAUUAGACCUUCAAUCACAAAAGCCUAUGGAAGGGUUGAUGCUGAUGGUUCUAGAUACUUACUUGGGGAUCAUGCCGGGUUUCUUCAUCUUCUUGUUAUAACCCAUGAAAAACAGAAAGUUACUGGACUCAAAAUUGAGCUCCUGGGCGAGACGUCUAUCCCAUCAACUAUUUCAUAUCUUGAUAAUGCAUUUGUGUAUAUUGGUUCAAGCUAUGGAGACUCACAGCUCAUAAAGCUAAAUCUCCACCCAGAUGAAAAAGGUUCAUAUGUAGAAGUUCUUGAAAGGUAUGUUAACUUGGGCCCAAUUGCUGACUUUUGUGUGGUUGACUUGGAGAGGCAAGGUCAAGGUCAAGUUGUAACUUGCUCUGGGGCCUUUAAAGACGGUUCACUCCGUAUCGUUCGAAAUGGAAUCGGAAUAAAUGAACAGGCAUCAGUAGAACUUCAAGGCAUCAAGGGAAUGUGGUCGCUAAGGAGAGCCACCGAUGAUCUCUAUGAUGCUUUCUUGGUUGUCAGUUUUAUUAGUGAGACACGGAUUUUGGAAAUGAAUGCCAAUGAUGAGUUGGAAGAAACUGAGAUAGAUGGAUUUUGUUCUCAAGUCCAGACUUUGUUCUGUCAUGAUGCCGUGUUCAAUCAACUUGUGCAGGUUACUUCAAGCUCUGUAAGAUUGGUUAGCUCUACCUCUAAAAUGCUGCGUGAUGAAUGGACUGCCCCAUCUGGGUAUUCAGUUAAUGUGGCCACUGCUAAUGCCACCCAGGUUUUGUUGGCUACUGGUGGUGGUCAUUUAGUUUACCUAGAAAUUGGUGAUGGGAUAUUGGCAGAAGUAAAACAUGCCCAAUUGGAGUAUGAUAUAUCUUGCCUUGAUAUAAAUCCCAUUGGUGAAAAUCCCAACUUUAGUCAGCUUGCUGCAGUUGGAAUGUGGACUGAUAUAAGUGUGAGAAUAUUCUCUCUUCCAGAUCUGAAUCUUAUUACAAAAGAAAGCUUGGGAGGAGAGAUAAUUCCUCGCUCUGUCCUAUUAUGUUCAUUUGAAGGGAUAUCUUAUUUGCUAUGCGCCCUUGGAGAUGGCCAUCUCUUAAACUUUUUACUGAACAUGAGCACUGGGGAGUUAACAGAUAGGAAAAAGAUAUCCCUGGGAACCCAGCCCAUAACUCUCCGUACUUUCUCAUCAAAGAAUACCACCCAUGUUUUUGCUGCAUCAGACAGACCAACUGUCAUAUACAGCAGCAACAAGAAAUUACUUUACAGCAACGUGAAUUUGAAGGAAGUCAGUCAUAUGUGCCCUUUCAACUCUUCUGCUUUCCCAGAUAGUCUUGCAAUUGCCAAAGAAGGGGAGCUUACAAUUGGCACAAUUGAUGACAUACAAAAGCUUCACAUUCGCUCCAUCCCUCUUGGGGAGCAAGCACGCCGUAUAUGCCAUCAAGAGCAGACUAGAACCUUUAGCAUAAUUAGUUUGAAGUACAACCAAUCAAGCACAGAUGAGUCUGAAAUGCACUUUGUCCGCUUGCUAGAUGAUCAAACCUUUGAAUUCAUAUCAACAUACCCACUUGACCAGUUUGAGCAUGGUUGCUCCAUUCUGAGCUGCUCAUUUUCUGAUGACAACAAUAUGUAUUAUUGUGUUGGGACAGCUUAUGUCAUGCCUGAGGAGAAUGAGCCCAGCAAGGGCCGUAUACUGGUCUUCAUAGUUGAAGAUCAAAAGUUACAGCUAAUUUCUGAGAAGGAAACCAAGGGGGCUGUUUACUCCCUGAAUGCCUUCAAUGGAAAGCUGCUCGCUGCUAUUAAUCAAAAGAUUCAGUUGUACAAGUGGAUGUUGCGGGAUGAUGGUAGCCGUGAGUUGCAGUCUGAAUGUGGGCAUCAUGGGCACAUACUUGCCCUUUAUGUUCAAACUCGUGGGGAUUUUAUUGUUGUCGGUGAUCUGAUGAAAUCAAUCUCCCUAUUAAUCUAUAAGCAUGAGGAAGGUGCUAUUGAAGAACGAGCCCGUGAUUACAAUGCAAAUUGGAUGUCAGCUGUUGAGAUUCUUGACGAUGACAUCUACCUUGGUGCAGAGAACAAUUACAACCUGUUCACUGUCCGGAAGAAUAGUGAAGGCGCCACUGACGAGGAGCGGGGCCGUCUUGAGGUGGUUGGCGAGUACCACCUUGGUGAAUUUGUCAACAGGUUCCGACAUGGUUCACUUGUUAUGCGCUUGCCAGAUUCUGAUGUUGGUCAGAUCCCCACCGUAAUUUAUGGCACUGUUAAUGGUGUGAUUGGUGUGAUUGCCUCCCUCCCUCAUGAACAGUAUCUCUUCUUGGAGAAGCUCCAAUCAAAUCUGAGGAAAGUGAUAAAGGGUGUUGGAGGAUUGAAUCAUGAACAGUGGAGGUCAUAUUACAAUGAGAAGAAGACCGCUGAUGCUAAAAAUUUCUUGGAUGGAGAUCUGAUCGAGUCAUUUCUCGAUCUUGGUCGUGCUCGAAUGGAGGAGAUAUCCAAGGCAAUGGGUGUUCCAGUGGAGGAACUCAUGAAAAGAGUGGAAGAAUUAACGAGGCUGCACUGAUAACAUUGAACGGUGGCUCAUCUGCUUAUGUUUUUCGUGUCCCAUCUUUUAUAACGGAAGAGAUUUUGAAAUGCAAUGGGUCUUCCCUUGAAGGAGCUGUUGAAGAUUGUUGUUAGAAGACUUGACGUAGUUACACCACCAACGUGGUUCGAGUCUGCUUCACAGUUUACCCCCUUUGCCCUCUUUCUCUGUUAGUAUCUGCAUCAUGUUCAUACCUUUCUGGAUUUCAUCGAGUUCGGAGUUUAGGGAGCAGGUAUUAUGUGGCAUUUGUAUUAUAUUCCUGAUUCUUAAAAUUCCCGAACAUAAAUUUUCAGGUUUCUUUUGUGCUGCCUGCUGGUGUUGAUGUCGAUGCGGUUCUAUUGCAUUCUGGUA